GCUCUUGUGGUUUAAACCGAGGCGGCCAGGCGGUUAACUGCAGCUUCAGCACUCGGGUGUGCUGUGCGCCUGCGCGAGCAGCUGGACGCUAACUGAAGCCCGCAGAGCCCCACUAGCCCGGCUGCGGUACUGGGUACGGCGAGCGGACCUCGGCGGGGCAGGUUUUUCUUGAAAACUAAUGGCAGUGGAGGUUCAUUGAAAUAAGGUGGCACAGCAGAAGCUAGCCUGAUUAGAAACCGGUCAAUGAUUGUACUUCAUAUUGGAAAUAGAACCUGAAGUAAAGAUUUUCCCACUCUUAAGUGGUUUUGAUGGCAGAAAGAAGAAGGUCCUACAGUGGAGAGGAAGCAAUGGAAGAACUCAUGGGACCCAGUGGACAAAAAUGGGCCAAUAUGGAUCCAGAAGAACGAAUGCUGGCAGCUGCUACAGCUUUUACCCAGAUCUGUGCAGGGCAGGGUGAGGGAGAUGUCCGGAGAGAUGCCCAGACUAUGCAAUAUGAUCCCUACAGUAAAGCCUCAGUAGCCCCAGGAAAGCGACCUCUCCCUGUGCAACUGCAGCACCCACAUGUAGAAAGUAAUGCCACUUCAGAAACUGUCUCAGAGGCCUCCCAGAGACUCCGAAAGCCAGUGAUGAAGAGAAAGGUGUUGCGGAAGAAGCCAGGAGGGGAAGUCUUAGUGACAGAUGAGUCAAUUAUUAGUGAAUCAGAGUCCGGUACAGAAGGUGAUAUGGAUCUCUGGGACCUAAGACAGAAGCUAAGGAGUCUGCAGUUCCAGGAAGACAGGGAAUCCCCAGUUGACAUUUCACAAAAAUUUAAUUUACCCCAAGGAAUUUCUCAAGAUGAGCUCAUGUGCUAUCUACGCAGAGAAGGAAUGGCUCCUCCAGUGUAUGAACAAGACCUCAUUGUUGCCAGCCGACCAAAGUCCUUUAUUCUCCCAAGGCUGGACCAGUUGAGCCGAAACCGGGGCAAGGUAGACCGCGUAGCCCGAUACUUUGAGUACAAACGAGACUGGGACUCGAUGAGGUUACCUGGUGAAGAUCAUAGAAAGGAAUUACGCUGGGGUGUCCGAGAGCAGAUGCUUUCUCGAACAGAACCCCAGUCCAAGCCUCAGCACAUAUAUGUUCCUAACAACUACCUAGUGCCAACUGAGAAGAAAAGAUCUGCCCUUCGUUGGGGCAUUCGUUGUGACCUUGCAAAUGGUGUCAUGCCCAAAAAGAUUCCCUUCCCUCUUUUUCCUUCUUAAGUGUUUUUUUUUUAAACCUCUUUUAUGGGAUUGUUUGGGGGGUAACCUGGUUCUUUCUCUCCUUUUAUUUAAAUAGAAACAACUAACUUGAAAGCCCGUGGAACGUUAUAAAGACUUCACUGAUCACUGCUCUCUCAAACUAAGUCUAUAUCCCAUUGGUAUCAAAUACUACUUCUCUUCCAAAUGACCACUCUCAAAUCUGGUAACCGCAAGAGAAAUCAUGCCAAAGAAAAACAGACCUGAUCUUUCCGCUUUGUCAGAUAGCACUAUUUCAGUUCUAUGCUGUUUUUAACCUUUGGCCAAUGUGUGAGUUGCUGUCUUUAAAGUUGCUGGGCGUUAAGCUUAUUCAUUAAAGAAUUUUGGAAUUUUGUAAA